CGGUCGCAGCUCCGUUUCCGGUGGCUGGUCGCGUUCGCUCACUGCAGCUGCAGCCACUCUCGCCCGUGGUUGCUUCCUCCAUCCUGGUAUUUUUUGGAGCCUCCAUCCUGGUUCUUCCAAAGUGCCCGGACCCAAAACAGGAAUGUAAAUGGAAUCUAAAAAGGACAAUAUAAAAUAGUAGUCACACACAUACAACAACGGGUAACCAUACCAGAGUGAAAGCUCUCAUUUUCUGACUGUUGCAGAGACAGGAUCAUGGGAGAAACACAGUCUGGAUAACAUGAAAGUGAUGCUGCUGUCUAGGGGAAGGCGAUUUGAUUCUCUGGGAAGGGCUGUAGCUGAUCCCACCAUUGUCUAGAUUUGAGUAUGAGCACAGUUGAAGAGGAUUCUGACACAGUGACUGUAGAAACUGUGAAUUCUGUGACAUUGACUCAGGACACAGAAGGGAAUCUCAUUCUUCAUUGCCCACAGAAUGAAGCUGAUGAAAUAGACUCAGAAGAUAGUAUUGAACCUCCACAUAAAAGGCUUUGUUUGUCCUCUGAGGAUGAUCAGAGUAUUGAUGACUCUACUCCUUGCAUAUCAGUUGUUGCACUCCCAAUUUCAGAAAAUGAUCAGAGCUUUGAGGUGACCAUGACUGCAACCACAGAAGUGGCAGAUGAUGAUCUUACUGAGGGAACUGUUACACAGAUCCAGAUUUUACAGAAUGAACAACUAGAUGAAAUAUCAGCCUUAGGUAAUGAGGAAGUUUCAGCAGUUAGCCAAGCAUGGUUUACAACUAAAGAAGAUAAGGAUUCUCUAACUAACAAAGGACAUAAGUGGAAGCAGGGGAUGUGGUCCAAAGAAGAAAUUGAUAUUUUGAUGAGCAACAUUGAACGCUAUCUAAAGGCACGCGGAAUAAAAGAUGCUACAGAAAUCAUCUUUGAGAUGUCAAAAGACGAAAGAAAAGAUUUCUACAGAACUAUAGCAUGGGGUCUGAACCGGCCUUUGUUUGCAGUAUAUAGAAGAGUGCUUCGCAUGUAUGAUGACAGAAACCAUGUGGGAAAAUAUACACCUGGCGAAAUUGAGAAGCUCAAGGAGCUCCGGAUAAAGCAUGGCAAUGACUGGGCAACAAUAGGGGCGGCGCUAGGAAGAAGCGCAUCUUCUGUCAAAGAUCGGUGCAGACUGAUGAAGGAUACUUGCAACACAGGGAAAUGGACAGAAGAUGAAGAAAAGAGACUUGCAGAGGUGGUUCAUGAAUUGACAAGCACUGAGCCAGGUGACAUAGUCACACAGGGUGUGUCUUGGGCAGCUGUGGCUGAACGAGUGGGUACCCGCUCAGAAAAGCAGUGUCGUUCUAAAUGGCUCAACUACCUGAACUGGAAACAGAGUGGGGGUACUGAAUGGACCAAGGAAGAUGAAAUCAAUCUCAUCCUUAGGAUAGCAGAACUUGAUGUAGCUGAUGAAAAUGACAUAAACUGGGAUCUGUUAGCUGAGGGAUGGAGCAGUGUCCGUUCACCACAAUGGCUUCGAAGUAAAUGGUGGACCAUCAAAAGGCAAAUUGCAAAUCAUAAAGAUGUUUCAUUCCCUGUCUUAAUAAAAGGUCUUAAACAAUUACACGAGAACCAAAAAAACAACCCAGUGCUUUUGGAGAAUAAAUCAGGAUCUGGAGUUCCAAACAGUAAUUCCAAUUCCAGUGUACAACAUGUUCAGAUCAGAGUCGCGCGCUUGGAAGAUAAUACAGCCAUCUCUCCAAGCCCCAUGACAGCAUUGCAGAUUCCAGUCCAGAUUACCCAUGUCUCUUCAACAGACUCUCCUGCUACUACUGUUGACCCAGAAACAGUAACACUAAACAAUGGAACACUACAGACAUUUGAGAUUCUUCCAUCUUUCCAUUUACAGCCCACAGGCACUCCAGGCACUUACUUACUUCAAACAAGCUCAAGUCAAGGCCUUCCCCUAACUCUGACUGCUAGUCCCACAGUAACCCUGACAGCUGCUGCUCCUGCUUCUCCGGAACAGAUCAUUGUUCAUGCUUUAUCCCCAGAACAUCUGUUGAACACAAGUGACAAUGUCACAGUGCAGUGUCACACACCAAGAGUCAUCAUUCAGACUGUUGCUGCAGAGGACAUCACUUCCUCCAUAUCCCAAGCAGAACUAACUGUUGGUGAUAUUCACUCAUCUGAUUUUCCUGAACCUCCAGAUGCACUAGAAGCAGACACUUUCCCAGUUGAAAUUCAUCAGCCUAAGUUGACUAUACAGCCAUCAUUUAAUGACACUCAUGUAUCCAAAUUCAGUGACCAAAAUAGCACAGAACUGAUGAAUAGUAUUAUGGUCAGAACAGAAGAAGAAAUCUCUGUCACUGACCUUAAACAAGAAGAAUCACCCACUGAUUUAGCCAGUGCUUAUGUUACUGAGGAUUUAGAGUCUCCUACCAUAGUAGAACAAAUUCAUCAAACAAUAGAUGAUGAAACAAUACUUAUCGUUCCUUCUCCUCAUGGCUUUAUCCAAACAUCUGAUGUCAUUGAUACUGAAUCUGUCUUGCCUUUGACAACACUAACAGAUCCUAUAUUCCAACAUCACCAGGAAGAAUCAAAUAUCAUUGGAUCAUGUUUGGGCAGUCCUGUUUCUGAAGACUCAAAAGAUGUUGAGGAGUUGGUAAACUGUCAUUAGGUAAUUCUUAGAAGAAACAGGUAGUUGUUUGUGCAAAGAAGCCACUCUGAAGUUACAGUAUCUUCAAAGACAUAGGAGCAAGUCUCAAGAGGCUUAAUUUAUCUGUAUUUUUGGUUUUUAUGUAGCUACAGUGUUUAAGCCAUGCACGCACAUGGUUGCUGCUGUGACUUUUUACCUCCUAAGUUUGUCAUUUGAGGUCCAGUUUUAUGAUUGGGUAUUUGAGGGGAGUAUUAACUGCUGUCCUUGUGUUUAGUGUUGUCAGGAGGGAAUUUGAUUCACUCCAGUUAGUGGAAAGUUUUAAAAACCACCAAACUUAACUCCUCUAGUUUAAAAGCUGUAAUAUUCACUUCGACAGAUCACACAUGGCACUAUUAUCACUGACCUUCAAAAGAGGGCAUAGUAUUAAUUUGAGAAGCAUACAAAUACCAAGAUACCUACAUGGUUAUAUGGCAGUUACUUUUAGUUAACCCAUUGCUGGCAGUGGGAGUUAUUUAGGCAGGGUAAAGAAGGCAUUAAAGAGUCAAGAAAAUUCACUACAGAAUAUAUAUAUGACAUAACAUAUACACAUAUGUUAUGUUAUAUAUCUCUCCAUUACUUUUAAAGGGAAUAUGGAUAAAAAUAGUAACAAAACCCACCAGUAGCUAAGCAGUUUUCACCCCCUCAUCAGAAAGCAGUCAGUUUACAGUUAAACAGAGAAAGAAAUAAUGUUGCCUGUAUUUAAUACAUAAUCACCUACUAAAUGUUUGCUAUAUAAAUUUCCCAGGAAAAUAGUUGAAGGGGUAUUAAGAGUUGUCAUUCACUUAGUGCAUUACCUGGUGGGAGUACAUUAUAAUUCUCCCUCUUGAGCAAUUUUGAAAAAUAAAAUUUGCUUCUGUAACAAAGGAAACAAAUCAAGAGUCAUUCCUAAGGGUUAAGCCAAAAUUAAUUUUUAGGGCUUUAAUGAGUUUGAUCCCUAAACAAAAGUCACAAAAACAUGUAUAAAUUAUUUUAUUUAUUAUUGUAAUUAGAUCUUCACAAUCAAAGUUGUCUUUUCACCGUCUGUUUUGUUAACGUGAAAUUGUAGUUAUGAGCAAAAAUUGGUUGCCUAGGGAACAAUAAUUGUAUAUUCAGUUUAACAGAAAUAAAAGAGUAUUUGUCUUAAAAUGCAAGAUUCUGAGCCAUGCAAUUAAAUUGUAAAAAAAUG